UCGAGUCUGGAACUCAAACCUUCAUUCCCCUGGCCUGCCUACCGCUCCAGGGACUAUGUCAAGGCGCGUGGGCAGAAUGAGUUUACCGUGGGCAGGGAGCAAAGCUGAGAGUCUUUCCUUCUUCAGCUACUGAACGCGCGCUCCUCCUGCCAUAGCCGAGGCCACUGUUGAGUACUGGCUGAAUUGGGGACUGGCCCAAGGUCACAGCCACUCUCUCCUGUGACAGAGUCAGUAGGAAGUGAAGAGGUUGAAAUAGACAUCUCAGCGUGAGGCUUCAAAUGUACAAUUCUCUUGCACAGUCAAGAUGUAUAUAUUUGAUUCGAACUAUCCGGGACCCAGAAAAGCCCAAUACUUUAGAAGAACUGGAAGUGGUAACGGAGAGUUGUGUGGAGGUUCAGGAAAUCAAUGAAGAAGACUAUUUGGUUAUCAUCAAGUUCACACCAACAGUACCUCAUUGCUCUUUGGCAACUCUUAUUGGACUGUGCUUAAGAGUAAAGCUUCAGCGGUGUCUGCCAUUCAAACACAAGUUGGAAAUCUACAUUUCUGAAGGAACUCACUCGACAGAAGAAGACAUCAACAAGCAGAUAAAUGACAAAGAGCGAGUGGCAGCUGCGAUGGAGAACCCCAACCUGCGGGAAAUCGUGGAACAGUGCGUCCUUGAGCCUGACUGAGAUGGCCGAAGAGCCAGGGACCUGUAGUCAUUCAAUCUGGUUGUUUAAAUCUUUGUAAAAUGCGGGACUCACGUUGAAUAUGUAGGUGAUUUGUACCUCAAAGCAUUUUUUUUAAAGUUUUUUCGUGUUUUUUUGUUUGUUUGUUGUUUGUUUUUAUUUUUUGAGACAGGGUUUCUCUGUGUAACAGCCCUGGCUAUCCUGAAGCUCUCUUUGUAGACCAGGCUGGCCUCAAACUCACAGAGAUCCCCCAGCCUCUGCCUCCUGAGUGCUGGGAUUAAAGGCGUGCACCACCAUCGCCUGCUUUUUUAAAGGAUUCUUUCCGAGCAGUUAUGAAGUAGAACCUAAUUGUUCAGAGAGUAACAUUCUCAGGAUUUCUAACCUAAGUGAUCAGACAGAAAAAUAUUUUCUAGUUAUUAUGUGUAAAAUGUUACUAUUUUUCUGAUGACCAUUCUGAUACAACUGCUUUUCAUGUCAAAUAUCUACUGUGCCCAAAUAUAUUUGAUUUAAAUCAUCAUUCUAAAUAAAUACAACAGAUGAUUCUUGUAA